AUGUCAAAUGAUCACGACGAUUUCGAACCGAUUGAUGGAGAAGUGGAUGUUCAGAUUCCACAGUCGAAUACCAUCGACCAUCUAAUCGUAGAGGGCAAUAACAACAAUAAUACGGGUGACACUCUAUCAAAUGUAAUAGUCGAAAAUUGGAUAUUUGCUCCAAUAGCAGUAACGAUUCAAAAAAUGAAUGUAUCGAAACCGAUUCAUGUAUUCAAUGUGGCAGAGAAGGAGAGCAAGAAACAAUUUUUGGCUGAGGCUCUAAUUCCGUUUCUUUUCGCCGGCCUCGGUCUCAUUUUGGCAGGAGUAAUGCUUGAAUCUGCCGAGGGAUCAGAGUUCUUUCAAACUCUUCCGGAUGCAGUUAUUAUGGUUCCAACUCUUGUCGGAUUGAAAGGAAAUCUUGAAAUGACUCUUUCAUCGAGACUUUCUACGUUGGCAAAUCUCGGAUUUAUGGAAAGCAGAAAAGACAAAAUAAACGUGGCAUUAUCCAAUAUGGCACUGAUUCAAUGUCAGGCAAUUGCCGUCUCUUCGCUAGCAGUUAUUCCGGUUUUGUUCAUCGGAGAGCAAGCGAUUUCGUUUAGUGACUCUCUGUGUCUACUGUUAUCAGCAGUUGUAACCGCAUCCCUUGCUUCAUUAGUUCUUUCUCUUCUAAUGGUUGCUGUUGUGAUUGCUGCUCGUCGUUAUAAAUUGAAUCCAGAUAACAUCUCAACUCCAGUGGCUGCAUCUCUUGGUGACGUCUCAACUCUUUAUAUUCUGUUGAGUGUGGGCACUUUAGUAUGUCACAUGCGGGAUUUACAUAUCACAUUACUCAUUGUCAUCUUGCUUUUUUUCUACGCAAUUGCCAUUGUUGGAGCAGUUAUGGCAUCUGAGGAUCGCUUCACAUUGGAGGUGCUGAAAAAUGGAUGGUGGCCUAUAUUAUGUGCAAUGGUAAUAACCACUUUCAGUGGUCUUGUUCUCAAGAAAUCGAUGCAAACCUAUCCACCCCUGGCUGCAUUUCAACCACUUAUAAAUGGACUCGGUGGAAAUUUGGUUGCAGUUCAAGCCAGUCGAAUAUCCACUCAGUUGCACAGAGCAAGGAAAAAUAGAGAAAUCGAAGUGAAACCACUUCAUCAUUAUAUCAAUCCAGUUAGAGCUUUCUUCGGGAAAAAUGAAGACGCAUCAGCUGCACAGAUUCUUCUGGGAAUCUCCAUACCUUCUAAUAUCAUUUUCAUAUUUAUCAUUUUUCUAUUUGGCGUUGGUUUCCACAAUACAACUCCAUUCACUUUCUCAUUUGUUCUAGUUUGUGCAAUUCAAGUAACAGUUCUACUGUACAUCUGUCAAAUAUUGGUUCGUGCAAUGUGGAUAAUGAGAAUUGAUCCGGACAAUUCUGCAAUUCCAUUCCUAACUGCACUUGGAGAUCUCAUCGGUUCUCUUCUUCUUAUUCUCUGCUUCUGGAGUCAAUGGAAAUAUUUUGGACUUCCAGUAUCUGCUGAUCAGUAUACUGGACAUAAAUUUGGACAUUAG